ACUACUAUACCACCCUAGCCUGACAGGACUGCUAAAGGUGGUUUUUAGUAAGUUACAAAGUAGGCUAUAGUUUUAUUUAAGGAUUUUAUUUCCUUUCAGCGCCCAGAUGUAACUUAGUGCAGUGUAAUUUAUACCAGAAUUACUGACAGGGUCACUUUGACUCCACCCAGGACGAGAUAAUAAUUGAGAACAGGACACCUUUGCCGUGCGGCAUCGACCAUCAGUGUUUCCUACGACACGUACGGAAGUGAGCUAUGAGUGACGUUUUGAUGUUCUGAAGGGUUUAGCGACAAGGAGUAUGGGUUCGAGCAGAGCUUUCAAUUUCGCAAAAAUUGCUCGGCAGCUUGCAGCUACCAAAGAGUUUUUGAGCCCAACGAAAGUCCGAGUGACAUUACCUGGAGGUUUCCCAUACGAGGCUUAUAAUGGAAGUGCCUCGGUUCAGCCCUGGAGUGUGCUGAGGAUGGUGGAGGCGCAGCGCGGGAUGGCGUUUAACUCCGUCUCAGCCGACAGCCUGCCCUUCCUGGACGUCCACAAACUGUACAAGGACUACUUCAUGUUCAUCGCUGCCGCCAAGACGGACGUGUUCUCUGAUCUGUACAACCCCUCGAUCAAGAAAGGACCGUUGUACGCCGAUGUCGAACUAGUAAAUGUGGGGAACUCGUCGUUUAAUCUAAGGACGUCUUUCUUCACUGUUGAUAAAGAUACGCCCCUCUUCGUUAAUUAUGUCCAGACAGUUGUCGUUAAUAACCAGUCUCGGAGACCGUCGGCCCCUCCCUCGUGGUGGAGAGAAAAGUUUUGUUCCAACAUCGCCUCCCCUGGUGAGCCCUUGAGGCUGCCGAGACUGAAUAUGACGGAACAGCCAUUGGCUUCUGACUUUUGUGUGUCCGUUCCGGUGAGUGACGUGGAUUCCUAUUUGCACAUGAACUGGUCCAACGGAGUUAAGUACUGCUAUAAUGCCUACGUCUCGUACAUAAUCAAACGGUAUGGAUUAGAAGGCGUCGGAGAUAUAAACAGGGAUGUGAAGAACUUUAGUGCGUCCUACCUCCGUGAAUGUAACUUGGGGGAGGAACUUAGAGUAAAUCUGUGGCAGUCGAAGGAAAAUGAGAACCUCUUUCAUUUUCAGCUCAUCAAGGACUCUUCUUCGGCUGUCGCCAAUGAGUGUAGCUUUGAGUUCUAUCCUCAGUCUUUGUCGUGACCCAACCCUAGAAUUUACUUCUGUAAUAUAUCCAUGUAAUAUUAGUUAAAUGAGCAAUAACUGUGUUUGGUUCACUAUUGUUAAUUGCCGUAGUUAUGUCUCCUUGUUUGAAUGUAUUAAUUUGGUACUCUUCAGGAUGAGCAAUUAAAGUUAUGAUUUCAGUAGUGUCAUAAACAUCCAA